UGAAGGUCGCGCGCCCUCCUCCGCUUGUGUUCCGGUAUACUAACACCCGGCUUCUCAGUGCGGUGGGCACGCUUCGUUCCAUUGCGCAGUCGCGGUGUGCGGUCCACGCGCGCGGCUAUGCUGGCUCCGCACGUGUCGCGGGUCCGGGCCUUGUAUCGGCGCAUCUUGCUGUUGCACCGGGCUCUGCCCCCAGAUCUCAAAGCCCUUGGCGACCAAUACGUGAAGGACGAAUUUAGGAGACAUAAGACCGUUGGUUCUGACGAGGCCCAGCGUUUCUUGCAGGAAUGGGAGGUGUAUGCAGCAGUGCUAUGGCAACAAACUAAUCAAAACGGACAAAAUUCAACAGAAAAAGUAUGUUUUGGAGCUGCCCUACCAGAAGAAAAACUUAAUCACUUUCGUGAUGAACAAAUUGGACAGUUGCAGGAGCUGAUGCAAGAAGCCACUAAACCCAAUAGACAAUUUAGUAUUACUGAAUCUAGGAAACCAACAUUUUAGUCUACACAAUAAAGCUUAACAAGCAUUUUAAGUUCAGAACCUCUUAUUUUAAGUAUCAAGAAAUAAAUUCCUAAAAACCAUAAGAUUUUAGGUUUUGAGAAUGCCUGGUAUUAACGAAAUAUUUGGGGAUGUUAUUAAUGGUGUCUACAAUAUAUAGAUCAAUAUGACUAGUACACAAAACUGUGCAUUUAAGUAACAGUACUUGCUGGAUAGGAUUUGAUUUUUUGGACUAAACAAGAAAGAAUGACUCUAAAAUUCCACAAAGUUGUGGAAUUUUGCCAAAAUUUUUUUUUUAUAUAUAAAUUUAAUACUGUUCUUUUUUUUUUUUUCCAAUCAGGCUACAGGGUUUUUUUUUUAAUUAAAAUAUAAUGUAUUAUGCUGUUCUUUUUCAAGCAUUAGCCUCAUGGUUUUAGCUUCAACAGAUAAGUAUAUUGUGAUAAUGACAGAUGUGGAAUUCCAACAGGGUUGUUAGUUAUAUACAUUGUCAUUCUGAAAGUUUCAUCAUUUCUACUUUAAUAAUAUAUGAUUAUUCUUGUAAAUAUCCAUUCUCCCUGAGUCAUUGUUUAGAUACAAUGAAAGAUUAAAAAGGAGCUUUAACAUUCAGUGUCAUCAUCAUACA